CCCAGCUGUGUGGAAGAAAUUUUGAGGGAGAUGACUUACACCUGGCCUCCUCCUCUUACUGCAAUUCAAACUCCAGGAAAAGCAGAACAGAGUAAAUUUUCCAACUCAGGCAAGGACCUCCAACUUUCGACCUCAGGAUACAGUGCACAAAAGUGGAGUGACCCAGACAUCAAAGUAUUAACCAAACCACCUAUGUCACAGAAGUCAAUGCUUGAAGACGACCUGAAAAUCAGCAGCGACGAGGAUGAAAAUGAGCAGGACAUUGAAAAGGCAAAACCCAUGGACAUUCCUUCAAACCCAACACUGCUGCCACCUGCCCCUGAGCCCGUUGUCAUCCCCUCCAGUGGGGGGUCUGGAAGUUCCAGUGAAUCUGACAGCAGUUCUGAGUCUGAUUCUGACAGUGAGAGCACCUCUAGUGACAGCGAGGGCAACGAGGAAUCCCGAAGCAACACACCCGAGCCAGAGCCUCCUUCAACCAACAAGUGGCAGCUCGACAAAUGGCUGAACAAAGUGAACCCUCAUAACAAGACAAUUAUAAGCAACCAAAAUGAGACUUCCAAUGAGAACAGUUCUCUACUUUCCAUCACCCCACAAACUGAAGUACAGAAUAAGGGAAAAGUCAAUCCUGGCCUAUUCCAGAUUGAACCCAAAGAGAGGCCUCUCCUUAGCCCUCUCCGGGAGAAAGCUCGACAACGGCUUAUCCAGAAACCACCUCCUCCUGUAGAGGCCAAAAACUCCAGGCAGAAGUCACCUGCUCAAAAUGAAGCAGCCUCACAAAGGACCAUAGGCAAAAAGCAACCCCAGAAGGUUGAAAGGACACCCAGCACCGAAGAAUACCCCUGGCCUAGACCAAAUAUUCAGCCCAGCAACACUCCCAAAGAAAAAGACACACUGGAACACCCAGAGCAGGCCAAAGCACGGAAUAGAGCAGCAGUUGGAAAACUGGCCCCAAGGAAAGAACCCAAACUUACUGCAGCAUUUAUUGCUGAAAAGAAGAAGUUCAGAGGCUCUGGAAAAAUUGUCCCCAAGUCUCGAGAAUUUGUCGAAACCGAUUCCUCGACUUCAGACUCAAACACUGACCAAGAUGAAGCCUUACAGGUCAAAGUGGCACCUCCUGGUCCCACUUUGACCAGUGCUGUCAAACCUAAGGAGGCUCCAGGCAGUGGCGUCAUCAAUGUCAGCACUUUAACAGGAAGCAGCAGCAGCAGUAGCAGCAGCUACUGUAUGGACACCACCACCAAUGAGGUGGAGGAGCAGCUGUUCUCACCUCUGCCCAUCGUGCAAACUGAACUUCUGUCCCCAAUACGUGAUUAUGAUGACGCUAAAGCACUUUGGGUCAAAAUAGAUCUUGGCUUACUGGCUAGAGUACCUGGCCGAGACCCACCUGGAACCAUUUCCACCAAGGCUGAGCCCAGAGAGAAUAACACAAAACCAGCACAACCACAAACACAACCACCACAGUUCCCCCAGUCCCGAGAGUCACCCGGCCCUUCAUUUGCUGAGAAGAUGCCUGCCAAGAACAAGAGGAAAUACAAGCCAUCUGACCCUUUGGACCUGUUCGCGGAGAACAAGAAGCAGCGGCUAGAAGAUAUCCCGCCUUCCUGUCUGCUCCCACCUUGCAUUUCACCAAUCCCCAGUAGUCACAGAUUCCCAAACACUAAAGAAAAUAUUCUAGCCAAAAAAAUGACAAAGAAGAGAGAUGACAAGCUAUUCCCACCUCCACUGUCCCCAUUGUCUGAUGAGCCCCUACAUCGCCGCGUCAGUUCUGACAGCAACAGUUCCUCCAGUCAGGAAGCUCCUAUGCCUACUGCUUUUCCAGCUGCCAGUUGUUCCUUUGCCAGAAACAGAAAGAAUGAGAGCAAGACCCAUUUAAACUUCAGAAUAUGUGGUGAAGAUACCUACAAUCGGGGUGCCAGCAUCGGGCUUCUGGAUAGUAAUCAACUGGAGAUGGUCACCUGGUCUUCAAUGUCCUCCCUAGCCAAUGGGAGCUCAGAGGCCAGAAGACCUCGGAUUCAUUUUGAUGAUGUGCCUCACAAUGCUGACUAUUACAUGCAGGAAGCCAAGAAGCUGAAGCACAAAGCUGACGCACUGGUAGAGAAGUUUGGCAAAGCUGUAUAUUAUACUGAUGCGGCACUCUCCUUCAUCGAGUGCGGCAACGCAAUGGAGCGGGACCCAUUGGAGGCAAAAUCUCCAUACACCAUGUAUUCUGAAACCGUGGAGCUUAUCAGGUACGCCCUGAGGCUCAAGAAUUUCACUUGCUCUUCUGCCACAGAAUGGGACAAGAGACUUGCGAUUUUAUGCUACAGAUGCUUAUCACUCCUGUACUUGAGAAUGUUUAAACUAAAGAGGGACCAUGCUAUGAAGUAUUCCAGAUCUCUGAUGGAAUAUUUUAAGACUUCUUCCAAGGCUGCCCAGAUACCAUCUCCAUGGGGAAGCUGUGGAAAGAGCACAGACGCACCAUCACCUUUGUCCCUCAGCCCUUCGUCGUCAAGUGCUUUACCAUCCUUAGGACAGAUUGUCAUUCCUCACCGAAUCCACCACAUGGCAGCCAGCCAUGUCAACAUCACCAACAAUGUGCUUCGUGGUUAUGAACACUGGGACAUGGCAGACAGACUUACUAGAGAGAACAGAGAAUUCUUUGCAGAUUUAGAUUCACUGAUGGGGCCUUUGACGCAACACAGCACAAUGACCAACCUGGUUCGUUACAUCCGCCAAGGACUGUACUGGCUUCGCCUAGAAGCCCACCUGUCCUAAUGGGCGAACCGUCAUCUUCAUCAUCCCAUAGUUCUACCUCUACCAGCACGCUGACGAUCACCGGUGGAACUCCACUCAUUUGGGAAACAUUUUUUGCUUUGCGUGUUCAUUUUAAUGCCUCUUUUGAUAUCUGUGGGAAGCAGAAAUCAAUCAACGUAAGUGGACACUACAUCUCCAGAGUAGUAUAUGUUAAGUCAUCUAGCUAUUUUGAGUCAUUUUAGCUACAUCUUUCAACCCGUGUACCCCUUCUAUGAUUUACAGAAUACUACAUUCCCUGCAGUCUUGUUUCAUGUCCACACUGCCUAAAACUAAAAAUGGAAAGAAAGCACUUUGUGAAGAUGACGGAUUACUGAGAAAUAAAGCAUAAAUGUCUUACCUAUGUAUAAGAAGAUAAUUUAGACACAGAGAACCUGCAGAGAUUAAAAU